AUGAAACCCCGUACGGCUCGCUCUACAUUGGCCAAAACUCGCCUCAACAUCACAGUGCUUUUUGUACGAAUAAAUGACGGAAAACGCGGCCGUCCACGCAAGUACGUCGGCCCGCCCAGCCUUGACGAAGCAGCAGCCAAGAAAAUGCGCAGCAAAUGCUCAACCGAUAACUGCCGUGAUCGUCGCGAUAACUUCUUCCGGGACAUGAUUUCGAACUUCGGCACCAUUUUGACGCGCUACCACUCCCUGCCGUUUAACGACCGUACAGCCGCGUACCUCUUUGAAGGAAUCGACAUGGUCGGGCUCGAGAAGCUCGUUCAAGAAUUCGACAAGAAGGAACAGAAGCGACUGGCGAAAAAACCGCAACGCCGCAGCGUCUAC